UUUAGUUCCUGCAAAACCAUUGUUGGCGUUAUGUAUUUUUCUCUAGUCUUCAUCUUUCAAAUAUCUGAGAAGACAGCUACUGAGAAGUGCUUGUUUAUCCAGAGAGUUGCCUAAAUUCGGACGCUGCACAGAGUUCAGCGGAAAAGGAAUUCACGUAGACUCUUUCCUAGCCCAGUGAUGAACAGAAUUGAAUCGAAAUCAACCCCGCUCCGCGUUCUCGCCGGUCAUCGAUCCUGUAGUAGCCACUUGGAGCCAAUAGGGGGCAUACGUUAAAAGGCCCCAGGGGGCGGGCCUCCGAGCACGCCUCUCGGUAGCCCUGUGGUGUCUCUCGGCUUCCGUUGAGCAUCGGGCAAGAUGGCGGCCUCCGAGACGGUUAGGCUACGGCUUCAAUUCGAUUAUCCGCCGCCAGCUACCCCGCACUGCACGGCCUUCUGGCUUCUUGUCGACUUGAACAGAUGCCGAGUGGUCACGGAUCUCAUUAGUCUCAUCCGCCAGCGCUUUGGCUUCAGUUCUGGGGCCCUCUUGGGCCUCUACUUGGAGGGGGGGCUCUUGCCCCCCGCCGAGAGCGCGCGCCUGGUACGAGACAACGACUGCCUCAGAGUUAAAUUAGAAGAAAGAGCAGCUGUUGAGGAUACCGUGACAGUCAAGAAUGGUGAUGAUAGUCAUUUAUUACCUAGGAAAGCAAAGAAGAGGGCAUUUAAGUUGGAGGACGGUGAAGAAACUGAACUAGAUUACAAAAAUUUAAAGAAACAGUGGAAGAGGCAAGAGAACAAUAUUGAUGAGAAGACCUUGGAUCUGGAACCAAAAGCCGUCACAGAUCUGAGUGUGAGGAAAAAAGGCAAGAGGAAGAGCAAAGCCAUGUGUAGUGUCGUGGAUGGUGAUGACGAAGGAACCAAAAGAAAAUCACCAAAGAGAAAGGAGAAAUGUGAAUAUAAAAAACAGACGAAAAACUCCAGGUCUUCCAAAGCACAGACAGUGAAGGACUGGGCUGCCCCGAACUGUGGUCCUCUGAAAGGCUCGCCCGCUAGAAAUAGCCUUGUCAAAGCCAAAAGGAAAGGUGGCACGAGCAUUAGUACAAAAGAUAGUCCCAUUUCCUCCUCAGAGUCUGAGUCUUACCAUGAAUCAACCAGUGAUGGUCUCAGCCAUGUCAUCUUGGAGGUCAGAAAUUCUUCAGAGAAAAUACCAACUGAGUCAUCAAAGGAAGGACCCUCUACCAAAAACACAGCUGCAAACAAAGUGACCGCCAAAACUGGCUUCAAUUCUACCACCGUCAAGGGCAAGACAACUAGAACAUCAUCUUCUAGUUCAGACUCUAGCUCAGAGUCUGAUGACCAGAGCACGGUGUCUAAGAGCACCCCGGAGCGCACUGCCAGCUUCUUAAAGCCAGUAGGCCUCUUUGCAGGACGAGGCUGUCCAGGCCCAGGGCCCUGCUCGCAGCCUCCCGCUGCUGCCGCCUGGAAGCAUUCUGACACCAACAGUGCCAGACCGGCUCCUCCUGCUCCCCCUCCCAAUGUGACUCUUUCUGCCGGUUUGGGAAGAGGCUGGGGGAGAGGAGAGGACCUUCUUUCUUGGAAGGGGGCUAGGGGCCGGGGGAUGCGGGGGAGAGGCCGAGGCCGAGGGCAGGCCAUUUCCUUUGUGUUAAAUAGAAACGCGGACUAUCAGAAGCACCAGCAAUUAAAUGAAAUGGUCACGAACUCAUCUACUAUUAUCCAGAACCCAGUAGAGACACACAAGAAGGACUACAGUUUGUUACCACUGUUAGCAGCUGCUCCGCAAGUUGGAGAAAAGAUUGCGUUUAAGCUUUUGGAACUAACAUCUGAUUAUUCUCCUGAUGUCUCUGAUUACAAGGAAGGAAAAAUACUAAGCCACAAUCCAGAGACCCAGCAAGUAGAUAUAGAAAUUCUUUCAUCCUUACCUGCCAUGAAGGAACCUGGGAAAUUUGAUUUGGUUUAUCACAACGAAAAUGGAACUGAGGUAGUGGAGUACGCUGUGACGCAAGAGAAGAGGGUAGGCGCGCUUCGCUUCUUGGGAUUGCUUGGUCGUCCGUUCUCUCAACUGGCUACUGGCAGUCUGGAAGAUCACUGUUUUUUGGAGAGAAUUGAUUGAUCCAAGAUUGAUUGUUGAACCUCCGAGUACCAUACCAAGUACAGAGCCUGCUUGAGGAUGACCUCUCCAUCUCAUAGUUUAUAAAUGUCUUGUUUAUGAAAGUGACUAUAACCUGAACUUUAAAAAAAAAAAAAAAGAUUUGAAAGUUGUAUGCAUUUUUUGUUCACUUUACUGCAUAGGAAAAAAAUCUACCUCAUCAUUUAAAAUAACAUGGGUGUUCCUUUUUGUAGAUCUUUUUUUUCUUCUUCCAAGCUUAAUUUCAGUAACAAAAUUUAAUACAUGACAUUCCCUGCAGGCAUUGUUACAUAUCAGUAUAUAUGGUUUCUUCUCUUUUUUAUUUAUUUUUUGACCAUCAAGUAGCCAUCGUCAGUAGGAGUUUAUAACACCAAGUACAAGAAAAUGCUGCAUAUCUUGUCUUAGUAAGUUUUAUUAAGUAACGUUCUAAAACCUGAAAGCAUGUUACUUGACCCAAUUUUUUAACAUUUGAGUUCCAUUAAAUAUGGAACAUCUUAUAAAUUGCAAGUAUUUUAUACUUGUAACUGUCAAGAAUUAAGUAGCUGGGUUUAUUGCAAGCAGUGAAUUAGAGAAUCCUUUCACAUUUUUCUCAACUUUAAAAUUGAGGAUUUUCAGAGUCCUGUGUAGAGCAGUGAAAAUAAGACCUCGUGUUUUUGCCGGGGGUGAACUGGUGUUCCACCUGGGUGAAAGGAUUUCCUAUGAGUUCAGACCAGGGAGCAUGUUGUCUUGCUACAAGAUCCCAAGCACCUGGCUGAGUGUGCUGGAGUAAGGACUGAACAGAAAUUUCAGUUUCUGUUAUUAUUCAACAAAAGCUAAAAUGGAAAAAUGGCUAAAUCUAUACUGUGAAAAUUGCUUCCUUUUACAAAAAAGAUCAGGUUCCUCCUUCAGCUUUGCAGAUUUUUAAAUAAAAUCCGAUUGAACUACA